AUGGACGAUACUACACAGCCCCGCGUUUUGAAUGGCAGUCUCAGGAAUGAAAGGAGUGCCGUUUCCCCCAUGCCAAGUGGCUCAAUUAUAAGGGGAUCGUUGCAGUCGCCGCCGCGCUCUAACCCCGACGAGGCAUCCAUGAUCCCUACGCCGCUGUCACCGCAGCUGAGUCCGGGCAUUAGAGCGUCUUCACCUGAAUUUGACAGAGGGCAUCAAUUGGAGGGUCUGGCUCAAGCUACUUAUGAAUCUUCAGCUGCGCCCAUUACUACUCCAGUCUCAAAUGCAAACUCUGUCUCCAACAUUGACUCGUCUUCCAGUCACUACCCUACCGCUCGGGACCGCUUGAAUGCCAUUUUCCCUCCCCUCAAUUUAACUCUGCCAUCGACCCAGACUCCACUCCCGGCGUUAGAGGAUAUGGAAGAUAAGAUCCAGAAAAUGGAGCGAGAGAUGGCACACAUCCGUGCUGAACUGAGUCGUAUGGAGCAAUCAUGCUGGAUGUGGCGCGACAGGGCGCAGCGGGCUGAGCUCAAGGUCCGCGAGCUCGAGGCGAAAGUUGAAGCCGAUUUCGCCGCUAUCGAGGCUGUGCUUGCAGAGCCGCUUCCUCCUCCGCCAUGGAAGAGGGCUAGUGACAACGGCGCUGCUUCUCCCUCUGGUUCGCUUAAUGAUGCUAGUAUCGUUGCUGUUGCUGGCUCUGAUGCUGAGUCUAGAGAUACUGUUGGCAUUAUAGCCACUGGUCUGGGCUCCUCUGCUGGGCAGCCUAAGGAUGAAGAUGAGAAAACAGGAGUUAAGGGCCCCAAGGUUUCUGCUUUUGAGGAGCACGACGAUUAA